AAGUAUGAAAACAGGACUAUCAUACGUCAAUUUCGUGUGUCAGUUGGCACUAUGUCAGUAAAGUUCGAGACUUUCUAGUUUUUACGCAGUUUUUCCUUUAUCAUCGAUUAGCUGAGGAGGACAACAACAGAGAUUAACUUUAUUAUUCAACCAUGUCUCUAAAUACAGCUCAUGCUGACCACGGUGUUCUGAUACAUGCUGGUGAAGUUAUCAUCUUAUUUUCCGAUAAUGUAGCCGUGGAAUUCUAUGGAAAUGAGACACCGGAAUUUAAAGGCACAAAAAAUGGUCGUAUGUAUCUUACAACUCAUCGCAUGAUAUAUAACUCGAAGGCCAAUUCAGAUACACUUCGAUCAUUUAGUUUUCCUUUCAUAGCACUACAAGAUGUAGCUGUAGAACAACCAAUGUUUGGUGCAAAUUACAUCAAGGGGAAAGUAAGAGCUCAACCAAAUGGAAAUUUCAUUGGUGAAGUUAAAUUCAAGCUAACAUUCAAAUCUGGAGGAGCAAUUGAGUUUGGACAGGCGAUGCUUAAAGCAGCACACCUUGCAUCAAGGCAUACCUCACCGAAUGCACCACCGCCACCUUACACUCCUCCUUCUGGACCUUGGUAUGCUGCCCCACCUCCGGCAUAUGCUCCUCCACCGCAAGGUUAUUAUGGUUGGGUGCCACCAUAUAAUGCAUUUCCUGAUCAACCAUCUCCGAACUCUGUCUUCGUUUCGAAUAGUCCACCUCCUUACCCUGGUGUGAUGGGUGCAGCAUAUCCGCCUGGAGCAGGAUUCUCCGGUGCUGCCGGACCUGGCCCCACAGGUGUGCAAAACAAUGGUUAUCCGGCUAAUAUGCCGCCCCCGGGCUACCCGGGUAACGCCAACAUGCCGCCUCCUGGCUACCCAGGAGGCUUUGUCCCAGGUGCUCCCAGCAUGUCAUCAAGUGAUGCUAAAGCAGCAGAGGCAGCUCAGAGUGCCUACUAUGAUCCAAAUAAGCCUCAAACAGCUUAUGUGCCACCGCCCUACAAUGAUCAACCACCAACUUAUCAGGAGUCUACGUCAAAGAAAGACAACUAAAGCACUGUCCUCACUACCACAUGGACCCUCCCCGCCACACGGCUUAUAUUAAUUCAAAUGAGACUAAUUAAGCUUUGAAUGUUGUUUCACAAAAUAUAAUUAUUGCAAUUAGAGUCAGUGGCAAAAAUAUAAAAAUAUUUGCCUUUACACAUUCCAAUAUUCUAUGGUGGCUAAUAAAUUGUGCUAGUAAAUUAUAAGGCUGUUUUUAAUCACUUACAAGCUAAAACACAUGUUACCAAAGUAAAAAAACAUGUUUGAUUGUAAAAUAAGAUUUAUUGGUGUUAAAAGUAUUAUAUAAUCUAAACAACGUUAGAGUUUGUUGAUAUUCUUUUAUUUAUUUAAAAUGUAAUUUUCAGUCAGUGUUUCUGCUUUUUUAACAUUAUAUAGUAUAUGUAAAUAAACUAAUCUAUUUAAUAGAGAUUGAUUGUUAUAUAAAAAGUUAGAGCUAUUUUGCUGUAGAAAAUGUUUGUUCUACAAUUAUUUAUU